ACCGAAAAGGGUUAUCAGAUACUAAACCACGCGUUCUCGUCUUCUUUAGAUUUUCCUGCAUAUUUGCAGAGACCCCCCGUGCGCGCUUUCAAAUCUUCACUCUGCGACUCACUGAAGUCUGAAGACUCUGAACCCCUUCUCUCUGUCUCUUUCUCUCUCUCUCCAUGGAGUUUCUCUUACUCUGUUUCCUCAUCUCUUCUUCUUCUCUGUAUCUCCUCUUUCUCCUCCUCCGUUACUUCCGAUUCAGACAUCGAAAACUUGGCCUCCCGCCAGGUAACCUUGGUUUCCCACUCAUCGGCGAGACCCUGCAACUCAUCGCGGCCUACAAGACCGAGAACCCCGAACCGUUCAUCGACGUGCGGGUGGCUCGGUACGGGAACUUGUUCACGACUCAUGUGUUCGGCGAGCCGACCGUGUUCUCAGCGGACCCGGAGGCGAAUCGGUUCAUACUGCAGAACGAAGGCAAGCUGUUCGAGUGCAGCUACCCGUCCUCCAUCUCCAACCUCCUCGGGAAGCAUUCUCUAUUGCUAAUGAAAGGAAGCCUCCAUAAGCGGAUGCAUUCCCUCACCAUGAGCUUCGCUAAUUCCUCCAUCAUCAAGGACAAUCUUCUUGUCGACAUCGACCGGCUGGUUCGGCUCAACUUGGACUCCUGGACCGGCCAUGUUUUCCUUCAAGAGGAAGCGAAGAAGAUUACAUUCAAUUUGGCAGUGAAGCAGCUGAUGAGCUUUGAUCCAGGGGAAUGGACUGAGAGCUUGAGAAAGGAGUACCUUCUCCUCAUCGAGGGCUUCUUCUCCGUUCCCUUGCCUUUCUUCUUCAGCGCUUAUGGCCGAGCUAUCAAAGCCCGAAAGAAGGUGGCAGAGGCUCUCCGGUUGAUCGUGGGGAAGAGGAGAAGGGAGAGCGAAGGAGGAGAAGUCAAGAAGAAAGACAUGCUAGCAGCACUAUUGGAAGGUGGGGAAGGCGGGUUCUCGGAUGAGGAGAUCGUAGACUUCCUGCUGGCUCUGCUCGUGGCGGGUUACGAGACCACCUCCACCAUUAUGACACUGGCGGUGAAGUUUCUCACUGAGACACCUGCCGCCUUGGCUCAGCUCAUGGAGGAGCACGACCAGAUCAGGGCUCGGAAGGAACGAAACUCAGAAGAGGAGAGCCUACAGUGGAACGAUUAUAAGUCCAUGCCCUUCACUCAAUGCGUGAUUAACGAGACCUUGCGUGUGGCAAACAUCAUUAGUGGUGUAUUUAGGAGAGCAAUGACGGAUGUCAAUAUCAAGGGCUACACCAUACCAAAGGGUUGGAAAGUUUUUGCAUCAUUUCGGGCUGUGCAUCUGGACGAAAACCACUAUAAAGAUGCUCGAACCUUUAAUCCCUGGAGAUGGCAGCAGAGUAAUACGGGGGGAGCAGCAACAGCGACAGGGAAUCUGUUUACGCCAUUCGGCGGAGGCCCACGUCUUUGUCCUGGGUAUGAGCUUGCUCGAGUCGAGAUCUCAGUCUUCCUCCACCACCUUGUCACCCGCUUCAGCUGGGAUCCGGCCGACGAAGACAAACUGGUUUUCUUCCCGACCACCAGGACUCUCAAGCGAUAUCCAAUCAACGUUCAGCGUAGAAGGAAAAUUGCAGCAAGAACAGAAGAAAAAGACGAAAAAUGAAGAAGAAGAAGAAGAAGAAGAAGAAGAAAAGAGAAAAAACGUGAAAUGUAAGAGAAGAUAGAAUAGGAAGGAAGAUAUCAGAAUUCUAGAAUAUAGAAAUAAUGCUCUGUUGUAAUUCUGGUUCCACCUUGAUAAGAAAGAAUAAAAUAAGAUAAGGUCUACGGUAGUAGAAAAAGAAGUACAGAAUCUAUUUCAUCUUUUUGACAUGUUA